ACUACAAAUACUAUGCAAACCUAACAUUUCCAUUCACUCACAUCUACAAACGACUCAGUACUUAUAUUUCCUUUACUCCCAUCGAUCGAUUGAUCGAUCUAUCGUGAAUUCUGUUUGUGACUUCAAAACGUUCAGAUCAUAAUCUCUGUCAUUCAUAAUUAUGUCUCCAAUUGUUCUUAUGCUUCUUCUGUGUCUUUCCAUGCAUGCAUGCAACGGCCAACUUCUAGGCUUCCUUCCUACUGAAAGUGGCUAUAGAGCCUACCAUUCUGUUGAGGAUGUUGGGAAUGUCUUAAGACGUUCUGAGACUUCAAUGUCGUCGACGAGGCCUUCCAUCUCAGUAGAGUUCCAAUCAAAAGAAGUAGAAGUGAAAGACGCUGAAACAGUACCCACCCUUGAGAGUAUUCCAAACGAUGAUGGUUCGAGGAAACAAGGACAUGUUAAUUUUGGACCAACUUCAGCAGCACAGGAUAUUUUUACAUUUUCUCAGAUUCACCAGAAGAAAUCGAUUAAAGUGAAGGGAUUGGAGAGGCAGACAAGGACGUUACUGGGAUCUGCUACACUGCAUGAUCAGAUGGAGGAAGAUAAAGAUCCGAAAGGAAACGAAGCUACGGAGGACGUAGGUGUUAUGGAUUAUGCACAACCUCACAGGAAACCACCCAUUCACAACGAAAAGUCGUAGACAUAUUAUAUAUAUGAUCUACUUCUCUGAUGAAUUUACCCUUUAAUUUUUACUAAUUAGCAAGCGCUUAAGAAAACCAAUAUAGUGGGGUCUUUUGCAAAACCUUGGAAAAGAAGAAAAAAAAGUGUCCACUAGUGAGUAGUGACAAAAUGGUGAUUUGAUGGAUGAUGGCUCCUCUCAUUGUUUCUGUAUGUUUUUAUGUCGAUAGUUUCAUAAAUGAUUGUAAUCAAAGGUGAAACAUAUUAUAUGGAUGUGUCACAGCCCUUUGUGUAGUCAUGGUCGGUACUUUGGCUAACUACAUUCACACUCUUCAUAUUUGGAACCAUUUUUCAAAAUGAACCUCAAAUUUUAAAAUUUCACAUUACACAUGAAAAUGCAAUGACCUACAAAUGCUUCAGUUAAAAACUACGAUCAUGAGAUAGAGGCUCAAGAUAAAAAAGGUAGAUGAAGACUUGGAAAUAGACUUUAAGAAAAUACAUGAAGUACUUGGAGUUAAUAGACGACUUGACUCAAAACCAAGCGCAAUGAUGUUCUAGAAUUCAUACAACCGACCUCAUUUAAUGGAAUAAAACAUUAUUGUUGUUGCUCUACACAAGAAAUUUAUCAUAUCAAUCAAUUUAUGCGUGCCUAUUUGAAUGUCUGGUCAAUC